GAUUACCCUGAAUUAUGUGUUUCGUUCUAUUUUGAGCGCACCUCAGCCCCGCCCUCAAAAUUUGCAGACAAAAAAUUAAUAUUGACUUGCUAGCUUUCUAGGCCCAUUAAUUACAGUGCUUAGAAAUGGCAGAACUACAAGACAUUUUGGAGCCUUCAGAGUUGGAGGACUUUGUGAGAGAGGAGAUACGCUCCAAAUUAAAGGAGAAGAAUUUGGAGUACAGAACCAAGAUUGUGGAGGAGGCAAUGACCCCUCUCAUUGAUGAGGUGAUGUCGUUGUCACAGCACAGUCUAAUUGGUGGGCGGAGAGAUCAAAAGAAGAAGAAACAAGAGCCGCAGAAACUCUCAAAGCUCAUCCAACUGGUGGACAUGGCAACAAGGAACUUUCUAGCCAUUGGGGAAGAUAUAGCCCAUGAGAACCCGGAUUUCCAAGAGGAGCUGAUCACAGCUUGUGAUAGUGUGAGGGCCUGUGGUGAGUCAUUGCAAGCAGCUGCAGCCGAGUUCUCUCAGAGUCCCUGUGAGCCAGACAACCGCUCCAAUAUGACCAAAGCCUCGAGGGAGCUGCUAAUCUCUGUUACUAGGCUCAUGGUGGUGGCUGACAUGGUGGAUGUGCAGAACCUACUGGAGGCAUCCAGUCGAGUUGAGGUGAGACUGAGGUCACUCCACACUGCGACCACUGAGAAGGAGCUGAUGGACAAGAUCCAGAACUGCUCCACUGACAUUACCUACAUCAUACAAAGAGCCUCUAUUCAAUCCAUACAGGGAAGUAGUGAGGCUAGCCUUCAGUUGAUGAGAGGUGCUCAGUUGGAGCUGAGUCGAGCUAGGAGAAUGCUCACUGGCACUUCAAAGGCUUUCAUACAGUUUCCCGGAGCAAGGACAGCACAAGAGAACCAAGAGUACGUAGUCCUUCGAUUGCUAGACUCUCUCAAGACCUUGUCCCUAUUGGCUAGCGGAGAUGAGGCAUCCUUUACUGACAUCAUUAAAGCUGAGCCAGGAGCAUUAGCAGUCUGCUUCAAAAUCUUCAAGGAUACUUUGGAACAAACUAUUUCCCUUGGCCUUGUGCUUGAUCCAUCUGCUUCUAAAACUCAAGCUCACAUCACAGAGCUCCAAGCAGAGUUGGACAAGAUCCUUAACCUUACUUCGGAAGUUACCUCAUCCAAUUCAACACGUUCCUAUCACCAGCACUCACUCAUCACCCUCUGUGGACAGCUCAAGGCACACAUGGCUCACCUUGAGACGGCUCUGAUGAGGGAGGAGCCUGCAGAGAGGGAGGGGGUGGUCCACCAGCUCGUGACAGAGAUGAGGGAACAGGGGGUGGAGCUAAGGAAAGAGCUGUGCAGGGCUGCUAUUGACCAGGUGACUGAUGUGUUCAUUGGUACCCUGAGGCCACUGGUGGCCAUGUGUGAAGCUGCACAGGAGGGCCAAUCACAGCUCCUGGAGAACAGGGCAGAAACCUUCUCUGACCACUCAAACAGCAUGCAGAAGGCUGUCUUGUUGUCUUGCUCUCUGUCUGAUUUCGCAAAAAGCAAUCAGGUUGCAAACAAUGCAGUGAAAAAUAUUCGAGUGCUCACGCCACAGGUGAUAAAUGCAGCAUACUCGUUGGCACAAAAACCUAGCAGCAUAGUGGCACUGAAGUGUAUGUCUGUGUUCAAGGAGGCUUGGGCUGAGAAUGUGUCAGCUCUCACUGACGCUGUGGACGACAUUACCUCACUGGAAGAUUUUAUGGCCGUCACAGAGGCCCACAUUUGUAAGGAUGGACAGCAGUUUAUCGUGGCAACUGAGGCUUGCAACACGAGGCUGCUCGGAAAUUUGGUGGAGAUAAUCCGAGGCAAGUGCAAGCGACUGUGUCACGUGGUCAAGGCCGAGCUGAAGAAGAACAAAAGCUCGUACACUAAGGAGCAGAUUCAUCAGAGUCACGGAGCAAUAGAAAAGCUCAUUUUGAAAUCCAUCUCCCAAUUCUGUGAUCUGGCUUCUAAGACGAGUGAGACUCUACACAUGACAAGAGAUCUCCAUAGAGUGGACUUCAAAGCAUUAGAGGAAGCUUUACAGAAGGUUGUGGACAAUGUAAGAAACGUUCGUCGUAGCGUCUUAGUCACACGAGCCCCGGAAGAGUUUGAGGGAAAUGAGUCGGACCUGGAGGAUCUACUCCGCCCUCCACGACCUAUGACCCCCACACCCUCCCUUUUAUCACAGAUCAGCACUGGUUCUGCUGGAACUCUUUUGAGUGCUUCGGGUAGCACUCAUAAGUUCCAGCGUACACCUCGUCACAGUAUGGUCUUUGAGGUUGAGGACACCGCAAAGGCUCUAAUGGCGCAACUCCCACAAGAACAGAGGGCUCAUUUGACCAAGGUCACGGAAGGUCUAACAGCACAACAAGCUGCGUUUGAGGCUGAAGUAAGCAAAUGGGACGAAAGUGAAAACAAUAUAGUUCUAAUAGCUAAAGAAAUGUGUGGUAUGAUGGUGGACAUGUCAGACUUCACUAAAGGAAUUGGUCCACUUCACUCCACUAUGGAUGUCAUAGUAACGGCCAGGGACAUAGUGAGGGCAGCUGGCAUACUGGAUGGAGUGGCUAGGAGCAUUGCUGACCACUGCCCUGACGCCCAGUGUCAGAGAGAUAUCUACUCCUACCUGGACCAGAUAAGACUGUACUGUCACCAACUGAGCAUCACAGCCAAUGUCAAGGCUGACCUUAAACCAUCUUCUACAGACACAGUUGAAACUGCUAGUACCCUCAUCACAACCUCCAAGAACUUGAUGAAUGCUGUCGUGGAAACAGUCAAAACCUGCUACAUUGCAUCAACUGCAAUUGCCAGAAUUCAUGGAGGAGCUGUUUCUGACCAGUUUGUGCAAUGGAGACUAACUCUGCCUCGCAAGAAGAAGCUGUAUUGGUCAGACUCUGAGGUGUCAGCAGGUGCUACAGGAGCUGGGAGUGCAGCUGUCUAUGAGCUGGGAAAGUUCAAGCAAGGAAGACUACGAGAAAAACAUAAUAUUAUGUCAACAGUAACUGCACUGACUGAGAUACCAUAUGAAAUGUGACAGUCAGUGUUUACUCUGCACCCCCCCCACACACACACACAAUGUUAUGGUCAUGAAUACACAGCCAAAAAUCCACGGGCCUGUUUCAGACCCGUGGGGAAAAUCAGUUGAAUACAGGCCGGAAUACGGGCCUGUAUGCGGAUGUAAUCGCCCACGGCCUGCUUACAUCCCGGAACCACAGGCCCGUUACAGCACGUACAUCCUGUCCUGAAUACGGACCGUAAAUUACAGGCCUGUUUCAGCCUGUACCACCCACGUCCUGCUUACGGCCUGUGCAGCCAGUGUAUGCGCAUGCGCAGAGAGAAAGUUGCUUAGCUACGAAAUCCACCAAGAGACUGAAAAGGUGCUUCAGUUUGAUCUUCUCGUUCAGUUGCAGCUUUAAAGGAUGGAUGGAGUAAUUAUAUUAUUUAUGGAGCUGACUGCCAAGGCCAGCUAGCAAGAAAAAGAGAGAGAGAGAGGAACUGCUAGAUGUCUCUGCAAUUCUUCUCUCACUGUCUCUAGGAGUCUAGCUCUAUAGGCUACAAGAUCUGGUUGACUCUGACGCAGGUUGUUGACUUCUAAUACAAUGUUAUAAGAAUACACAUCUAAAAAGGAGGAUAUGCACCUCUACAACGGCUACUAAAUAGUUGUCUGUGUCAUCAUUACUUUACGAGCUCGAGAUUCAGGUUAUAUAUUAUUGACUCACUUACUCGAACUCGUUUACGUAUGCACACACAGAUGUACCUGUGUCUAUGUCAUCGUUACUGUACUGAUUGAGCUCGAGAUUCAGGUUCCUUGUCACACUACUUGAGAAUAUGUACAUAUAUAAAUUGGAAUGCUCAUGCCAUCAAUGAUUUCAACCCAUCAUGACCAGAAGCAUCGUGGACACACCUAUACUUUAGAAUUUGGCAGUUAAGUUACUGGCUCUGGACAUGGCUGGUCUGUGGACAGUACGAACAUGCUGUAGAGGUUGCCGACAAUAGAGGCAAUGCUGUAGCAUUGUCGUCGUCCUCUAGGACGACCAGUCGAACAUUGUGACAGAGGACAUGGCUGGUCUGUGGACAGUACGAACAGUCGAACAACACAUUACAAUGUGACACACUCGAGCAGCACAAGCACUAGAAGAAACAUUCUUAUUAGUGUUGUAAACUGUCUAACUGUCUGGCUAUGUUUGUUUCUUACACUUUGUUGAAUUAUUCAUGCCAAACUCA